UCUUGACGUUCGUACUGAAGAUUGUGAAUUUGAUAUUGGAUGGCAGUUGUUCUGAGUCACAUAUGUUCUUCAGGUGUAUGAGUGCUACCCUUGCUUUGCCAAUCCUUACCCGUACGUCUGUAUCCGACCCUCGUUAUUUACCAAUGAUGUUUCCCAGGCACGUGAAAGAUUCCACCUCUUCCAGAGUUUCUUCAUCAAGUGUGAUUGGAUUGGUAUUCUCCGUGUUGUAUUUGAGGAUCUUGCUUUUCCCCAUCGUGUAUGUUGAUACCUACUGAUUCAGAGGCUUCUGCUACCCUAGUUGUCUUGACUUGUAUUUGUUCGUGUGUAUGGGAGAGAAGGGCCAGGUCAUCUACGGAGUCCAAAUCGUAUAGUUGUAUUCAAGCUGUUCAUUGUUUUCCAUGCUCCCCGUCAGAUAUGAAGGUUUUCAUAAUUCAGUCAACCACCAGAAGAAAGGGAAAGGGGGAGAGUAUGCAGCCUCGUCUUACCACCUAAACCUGCUACUAUUAAUGGAGUUAUUCUAUUCUGACAAUUCUAAAUAUGAAAAAUGUGGCCCAUAAAUUUGAAACAAAUCAAGCGCUUAAUGCUGUUUUCAAAGAGAUCAGAUAUAAUUGUACCCGUGAUGGGUGUACUAGUUCUGAUGUUGAUAAAAAGUUGGUUGAAGAACCUCCAAAUACAAACGAUCCUACCAUUAUAGUAUACAGAGUAAAUAACGUAGUCCGCGCUGUAAGUGCUCCAUCGGGGGUUGAAAAGUGGAAUUUGAGCGUUCAUCAAUACGAGCUUUGCCUGUUAACUGGUGGAAUUCCUACCCCAACUACUGCUGUGCAGAAGACUUCACCUAUUUGUAACUUACCUUUGGGUACUCCACAUGCUCACAAAAAGUUUGUGGAUGAGUCAUUUAUUGAUAUGGAAGAACCGGAUUGGGAUAUUGGACUAGACAAACAUACAAUAACUGCAAGAACGAAAGGUUUACAGUCUGAAGAAAUAUGGUCCUACAACUUUAAAUCAAGGAUUUCAAAGGCUUGGAUUUAUCGUACGGACCUACAAAACUUAAGACCAUUGUCAUUAUUUAUGUAUGACAGAGUUGCCUUACUAUUAAUUGAAAAGGUGAAUGAAUUGGAAAAAACAACUGCCAUUUCAAAUUUUGGAUCAUUAAAAGGAAAGGGUUUGAAUCUGUUCAAUGGGAAAUAUACUCUUUCCUCAUCACGUAAACGAAAACCUAAAUGUCCAUCACGCGAUCGUCUUAUUUAUCUUGGUAGCUUAAAUGGUCAGCUAUAUGUUCAAACUGAAGAUGGUGUUGAUCUUCCCAAUCCGGAAAGGAUAAAUCUGUCUAAAAGUUUAUCUAUACAUUCGGCUGAAUCACUGAAUAAUCGUCGUUCUGAUUUAACUGGCUACUAUCAAGCAUCCUAUUCAAAAUCGCCCAAAUUGGAAAAAUAUACACAACCAUUUAUUUUAUAUGAUAGUGUUGAGGAAACAAUUGAAAAAGCUACCGCUUUAGGAUUUCCAAGUAAUGUGGGACAAUUCAAGCCUAUACAUGAUUUUCAACCGGAAACGAUACCUGAAAAGGUUUUAACUUCGACUGAUAUUCAAAUGAGUGACACUAGUGGUAUACCAGGACAAUUUCUUGACAAUGCAAACGAUUUACUUAUGCUCCUAUUACGUGCCAGUGAGAUUGCUGUAAAUCAUUCACCGUCUGGUAUUGAAAAUAGUAGGUCGUUAGGAUUUAAUCUGUCUACACAUUUCAUGCAAUUGGUAGUUUUGACUGGAGUAAUUUAUUUUACGGCACAUUGGAUAAUGAAUGCGAGGAUUAACUAUGAUACACAGUUGAAAAACUAUUCGUUUCAGUCUGAGCCAUGUAAUUUGGAAUCAGUUGUUGUCAAAACACAUAGCUCAUCGGGAGACUUGUGUGAUUCACCAAAAUGUCCAUCAUGUUCAACUCCGAAUAACUUAACAACAAAUCCUUCAUGCCAGUCUCUGCUUAAUACUGCCAAUAUGCAACCACCUAGUUUUGUUUCAUCAUUUGAAACAGAUUUCAAGUAUAUACGUCGACUUGGACGUGGUGGUUUCGGUCAAGUGUUUGAAGUUGAAAAUCGUCUUGAUGGUUGUCGUUAUGCUAUCAAACGUAUUAAAAUGAACGAUACCGACGAUGAUAAAAAUAUAUUUUUACGAGAAGUAAAAGCUUUAGCUACACUUGACCAUCCAGGCAUUGUCCGCUACCAUCGGGCUUGGAAGGAAUAUCCUCCUGCUGGUUGGCAAGAGUCACAUGAUGAAUUAGUACUCGGUUUAUCUGACGACUUAACUUCCAGAAGCGGCGACUGUACAGAUUGUGGGAACAAUGAGAAUUGUCUAUCAAAUACUCUCUUUUCGUCAAUUAUCGAUUCGCGCCAUUCAAGUGUAUCGCUUUGCGUAGAUAAAAGCUCAAUAGGAUUGAAUGAGUCUCAUCACUCCAGCUAUCGAAAGCUUUCAAAAGCUUGUUUGGAUGACAGUCUUAUCGUUUUUGAUCAUCAAGUCAGUACUGAAACAUUUUCAUUAGAUGGUUCAAGCCUUGUAGAACAAUCCAUCAAAGAUAAAUCUAAAAAUGAAACUAAAUAUACAUGCUACUUGUACAUUCAAAUGCAAUUAUGUUCUCCAAUAAGUUUACGUGAUUGGCUUGUUUCUCAUAGUAUUCCAGAAUCACGUCCACCACGAAUUGAAUUGAUUUGUAUGUUUCGUCAAAUUGUUGAAGCUGUAGCUUAUUUACAUGAUCAUUCUUUAAUGCAUCGUGAUUUGAAACCUUCAAAUAUCCUGUUUGAUUUAACCAAUCGUCUUAAACUUGCAGAUUUUGGUUUAGUUACUUCUAUGGUCGAUGAUAAAUUAAAUCAAUCAGACAGCUCUUGUAUUAAUUGCAAUAAACAAGGGGAGCAGCCCUCAUGUUCUUCAGUGACUACUAUUGUAAAUGAUUUGAAUGGUGAAUCAGAGCAUAAUAAUAACAAUGCCAUUAUCGAUCGACAACUAUAUCCUUUGAAAGAAAUUAGCACUGCUCAACAAAAGCGUUCUGUAUUGACACGUAGACAUACUGAUCACGUGGGAACAGAUCUAUACAUGAGUCCUGAGCAAGAACGAGGGGAUAAUUAUAAUCAUAAAGUGGAUAUCUUUUCAUUGGGAUUGAUCUUUAUCGAAUUGUUGAUAAUAUUUAAUACAUCAAUGGAAAGAAUAUUUACAUUGACCCGAGCAAAACAUCAAAAACUUCCUAGGGAAUUUACAAUCUGUAAUCCAUUCGAAACUGAGUUCGUUCUUAAACUUUUGGAUUACGAUCCGGUCAAACGUCCUGACGCUCCUGCAAUCUUAGAAAGUGCACUUAUUAAACAAUCUGUUUCAUAGCAGCAAUGAUGGGGUAUUCAUUUUUUUCAGUACUAAUAGUACAAAGUUAUCAGAUUUCUGUUGUUACAUCUUAAUAUAUUUGUUUAUAUUUUAAUUUGAUAACCUCUCCUGUGAUCUGUAAAAUAAAUGUGUUUUUUUAUAU